ACGUACUACGUCAUCAGUGGUGGACGAAGCAUGUCGGAACAAUAGCCCUGCUUCUAGCAGUUUCAUGUUCAUGCAAACUACAUGAAAAGCCCACAGAAAGCAUGGCUUCAGACGAUGCAUUCAAAGUGUCUUCCCUGAGGGGGAAAGUGACCCUGAUAACGGGUGCCAGCUCGGGCAUCGGGGCAGGCACGAGCGUCCUGUUCGCCAAACUCGGAGCUCUGCUGGCUCUUAACGGCCGCGACGUGGAAAACCUAAACAAAAUAGCCAAACAGUGCACUGACUGUGGAGCUGCCGAGCCUUUGCUUGUUCCCGGAGACCUUACUGAUGAGGAGACCGUGAAGAAGACAGUGGAGCAAACUAUCGCUCACUUCGGCCGGCUGGACGUCCUCGUCAACAGCGCUGGUAUCCUGGCCAUGGGCAGCAUAGAGACAACGGACCUGGCUCAGUAUGACAGGAUCAUGAACAUCAAUGUCAGAACUGUGUACCACCUGACUCACCUAUGUGUUCCCCACUUGAUCAAGACCAAAGGCUCCGUCGUCAAUGUCUCCAGCGUCAAUGGACAGAGAUCAUUCCCCGGUGUGCUGGCCUAUUGCAUGUCCAAGUCUGCCAUUGAUCAGUUCACACGUUGUACAGCGCUUGAGCUGGCAUCAAAGCAAGUUAGAGUGAACUCUGUCUGCCCCGGUGUGAUCAUCACAGAUGUCCACAAGAGAGCAGGACUAGAUGAGGACCAGUAUGCCCAGUUUCUCGCAAAGUGUAAGCAGACCCAUGCCCUCGGUCGACCAGGGGAGGUGGAGGAAGUGGCCCACAGCAUCGCCUUCCUGGCGUCUGAUGCUGCCAGCUUCAUUACUGGAGUCAACCUACCCAUCGAUGGGGGCCGCCAUGCCAUGUGCCCAAGAUAAGAUCAUGUAUGUAAAGAUACAGCAGUCUGCUAAUAUAGUACUUUCAACCUCUAA